GGUGUGGAGCACGCAAGUGGAGCUCAUAAAGGCAAAAAGUCGUCGGGCAUGUCCAGCUGCCUCACCAAAAUCGUGACUCUCCCUCAUUCCUGCUCAGCACUACCAUCACAGACUUUUGAGACGCUUCAUCGCUAAAUCAGAGAGCAGGAUAAGCGCAUACGCACCCUACAUCCUCCAAUCAGAACAAGGCACGAAACAGACACCAAGCGCUGACGGACACGAUGGCAGAGUACGCCAACAGCCCAGUGCACGAUGUGCCGGUGCGAUUGGCUGGCAAGAACUUUCCAACGCCUCACAUUGACCUCAAGACGUACGAAAAGGAUCACGCAGCUUCCGUUCAAAAUCCAGACGCUUUCUGGAGCAAGCUGGCUAACGAGACGAUCAGCUGGGAUGAGCCCUUCAAGACGGUCCGCGCCGGCGGUUUUGAGAAUGGAGAUAUGGCGUGGUUCCCAGAAGGCAAAUUGAACGCCUCCUACAAUUGCGUUGAUCGCUGGGCUUUCAGCAAUCCAGACAAGGCGGCCAUCAUCUACGAAGCCGAUGAGCCAGGUCAGGCAAGAAUCAUCACUUACAAAGAGCUCUUGGCUCAAGUCAGCCAGCUGGCCAAUGCACUCAAGAAGCGCGGAGUAAAAAAGGGAGACACUGUCAUCGUCUACCUGCCCAUGAUCCCCGAAGCUGUCGUUGCACUGCUCGCUACGGCCCGUCUAGGCGCUGUGCACUCUGUAGUGUUUGCCGGUUUCUCUGCCGACUCUCUCAGAGAUCGCACUGUAGACUGCGAAGCUCGAGUGGUGAUCACAACCGACGAAGGCAAGCGCGGAGGUCGCACCAUCGCAACAAAGAGCAUCGUGGACGCUGCUCUCAAGGAGUGCCCCAAAGUGGAGCACUGCAUCGUUGUGCAACGUACCGGAAACAAGGAUGUGGGCAUGACCGAGGGUAGAGAUGAGUGGUACCACGACAUCACCAAGCGCGAGAGACCUUACUGCCCACCUACGAGCGUCUCUUCCGAAGACCCACUGUUCAUCCUCUACACCUCGGGAUCCACCGGCAAGCCGAAGGGUGUUGUUCACACCACUGCCGGCUACUUGCUCGGCACAGCCCUUACAGUCAAGCAUGUCUUCGACGUGCAUGAAAACGAUCGUUUCGCAUGCAUGGCCGACGUGGGAUGGAUCACUGGCCACAGCUACAUCGUUUACGGCCCGCUCAUGAACGGCGUGACUACGCUGGUCUUCGAGUCUACACCAGUCUAUCCGACCGCGAGCCGAUACUGGGAGGUCGUGGCUCAGCACAAGCUGACUCAAUUCUACACGGCGCCCACCUCUAUUCGCCUGCUGCGAAGAAUGGGCGAAGAGUUCGUAAAGGGACACGAUCUCUCCACCCUGCGCACCCUGGGAUCAGUAGGAGAGCCGAUCAACCCAGAAGCUUGGAAUUGGUACAAUGAGAAUGUCGGAAAGGGAGAGUGUGCCAUUGUGGACACUUAUUGGCAGACCGAGACUGGUAGCAUCAUGAUCACCCCGCUACCGGGUGCCAUCAAGACCAAGCCGGGAAGCGCCACGAGACCGUUCUGGGGGGUCGAACCGGUGCUGCUGGAUCCUACGAGUGGAGAGGAGCUAAAGGGCAACGAGGUGGAGGGUGUUCUCGCCUUCCGCCAGCCUUGGCCCGCUCAAGCUCGUACCAUCUUCAACGACCACGAUCGCUUCCUGGACACUUAUCUCCGACCUUACAAGGGCUUCUACUUUACCGGUGAUGGCGCUGCGAGGGACAAGGAUGGAUACAUUUGGAUCAAGGGACGUGUGGACGACGUCAUCAAUGUGUCGGGUCACAGACUGAGCACAGCCGAGAUCGAGAGCGCCUUGAUCCAACAUCCAGGAGUCGCAGAGACUGCAGUCGUGGGCAUUCCGGACGAGAUGACGGGUCAAACCAUCUGCGCAUACGUCACGUUGAAGCCCAAUUUCUCCUUUGACAAUGAAGAGGCUCUAUCCAAGGAGCUCGUCGUUCAAGUCAGGCGCAACAUUGGUCCCUUUGCGGCACCAAAAAAGAUCGUCAUCCUCACCGAAGGCGUCGACCUGCCCAAAACGCGCUCAGGCAAGAUCAUGCGCCGCAUCCUUAGGAAAAUCGCUUCGGGAGAAGGCGACCAACUGGGCGACCUCAGCAGUCUCAACGACCCAUCGGUACCCGAGAAGAUUAAGGCUAAAUUUGCUCAGAAGUAGAGCCGAUACGAUGGUCGGCUCUCCUUCAUGAGGCAAUCCAGAAGCGCUCGUAUCUUACUUCCUCUCGCUCGCUCGUCAAUCUUGUCCGUCUGUGCCUGUAGCGCUCGUCUCAUCCUCUGCUCGCGCCUCCUGUUCCAAAUGCGCAAACCUUUGAGCUUCAAGGAUCAGAGAUCGCAACUGAAUCAUCAAUGGAUUUAUCGGCUCGCUGAAGUGCAAUUCUGGAGUAGGGCACGUUGUGAAAUCUGACCGGGGACCA